AGGCGUGGUUGGCAGAAGCAGUGCUUUGGACUAUGUGGUGGCAUAGAGGUGAGUUCAAGGCCAUCGCUCCAUCGGAAUUGGCUGUCAUCAAGCCGGGUCCCUUCGCAGAGGUGAUGAAGGUGCACCCCAGACCAUGGAACUUUUGCAUAAACUACGCAGAACACUUUGUGAAGUACUUGAAUAGAAAAACUCACAAGACACUGACCGAUGUCAUCAUGAACAGUGACUACUUCGGAAGCACAAAGAUCGCAAGCUGUGAUAAGGACUUUGAUGUCGACAUGACAAUCAGGCCGUCACAGGCAAACUUGUCUGGCGCAGCUAUCUUGAUGUCAGACGAUCUGCUUCAAGACGAUGUCUCGGAAGAGGUGGUUCCACAUGAGCGACAAUCCACGGGAGAGUCAGAGGAAUACCUCAGAGAGCCCUCUGCAGAGCAGUCCUCGUGUCGUCCGGAGAAGGACACUUAUUUGACGCUCUGAGCCCUCAGUUGUGAUUGGAGGACAUUUGAAAAGUGCGGAGCAGAUCUUGGACUUUGGUGCCAUCUGAGCCCCACCUGUCGUUCAGCUCCUGUAUGAAUUCAAUGUCUGUAGCUGUUUGUGACAGGUCUACUGGUACUGUGCAUUAAAAUCAUUUGAUACUAUUUAGCAUUUCUUUUGAGCUUUGCGUUCCUCGUCUUCAUCAGUUCUAUUUGGCUCGAAAUGCAAACGAUCGAACGUUUCACAAUGUUUGCCAAACUUUGGGCGGCUAUAAAAUGGCAGUCCCAAAGUUUCACCUCGACAAGAGAAACCCAGAAAAGUGAAGCGUGUUCUGGUCCUU